AUGCCAACAGCACUUGUCGAAUCACACCCAUUUUACGAUGCUUCAAAAGCGGCUGGUUACCAUCAACGUAUUGGCUGGGGCGCAAAACCAGCUUUGGUCCUUAUCGAUGUUUGUCGUGCUUAUUGGGCAGAGGGGUCACCCCUCUCUCUACUAUCCAACCCUUCCGGUGCAUCUUCUCCAGAUAGCAUGAUCCGACUCCUGGCGGCCGCACGCGAGAGUGACAUACCAGUCAUAUGGUGUCAAGUUCAUUAUAACCACCCGGACAUGUUGGACGGGGUAAUACAAUAUAAAAAAUCGCCUGGAAUUUCUAUAUGGCAGGAAGGCGACACACGUGGAAUGGACGCCUGGAUGCCCGGUUUGGUUCCAGACUGGGAUAACGAGACUGUUGUGCUGAAGAAGAACCCCAGCGGUUUCUUAGCAACAAAUCUACUUGGACAAUUGAACGGUUUAGGUGUGGACACCAUUGUGCUAUGCGGUGUCAGUACAAGUGGUUGUGUGAGGGCAACGGCAGUUGAUGCAUGUGGGCAUGGCUUUCGGUGCAUGGUUGUUGAAGAGGCGAGUGGCGACAGAAGCAUUGAGAUCCAGAGGGCAACUCUAUUUGAUCUAGAUGCAAGAUUCGCAGAUGUCAUCAAUGAGUCGGAAGCUCUUGCUCAGAUGAAAAAGGGAUGGAAAUGA